AUGGCUCCCGCCGACGCGAACAGCAAAAUGGUGAAGAAGGCGAGCAAGAUGAAGGACCCCAUUGAGACAUUCAAAUGUCUACCCGAGAUGGAAGAAAGGAAAACUGGUAACGGUGAAACGAUCACUUUCCGGACAGCGUGGUCAACGCAUUUGGACAACGAGAUGCACGAGUGGCUGAUGGAUCUCUUCAAUCGCAAUAUGCAACAAUUGUACUCUCAAUCGCAAUGGGGCUACGAUCCGGUCAGCAAGAAGAAUGAGCUGCAAGCGACCACGGCUAGAUUUAUCAUCGCGUACAACUCGAAGGGUGACAAAGUCGGCUACACGCACUACCGUUUCGACGUCGAUUUUGCUCGGCCCGUCGUUUAUUGUUACGAGAUCCAAGUGGAGCCAACGUAUCAAAUGAAGGGCGUCGGAUCGCUUCUGCUGCACACGCUCGAGAAUUUAGCCAAGAAAACGAGUAUGGAACAUGUGGUCGCUACGGUGUUCGCCUUCAAUGAGAAGAGCCUCGGCUUCUUCCACAAAAACGGAUACACAACGGAUGAUUCGUGUCCCGACGAGAAUCAAGGCCUCGACUAUCUCAUUUUGAGCAAGAGAAUCGUU